AUGAUCAUUGCGACCAUCUGCUCCAUCGGCAACGGCGCCGCCCUGCCCCUCAUGACGCUGCUUUUCGGUGGCCUUCAACAGACCUUUUCCCAGUUCACAGUAGGCCUGAUCGACAAGGGCGAACUCAGCUCCCAGCUUGCCAAAUACGUCCUCUACUUUGUGUACCUCGCCAUCGGUCAGUUCGUCGUCACUUAUAUUGCCACGGUGGGAUUCAUCCAUGUGGGCGAGAAUAUCUCUACUAGGAUCCGAGAGCGUUACCUCGAAAGCUGCCUAAAUCAGAACAUUGGCUUCUUUGACAAGAUUGGUACCGGAGAGAUCGUCACUCACAUCACUUCCGACACCAACACCAUACAGGACGGCAUCUCCGAGAAAGUGUCGGUAACCAUAGGGGCUAUUUCGACCUUUGUGACUGCAUUUGUUAUCGCUUUUGCCACAUAUUGGAAGCUGACGCUGAUUCUUGCGAGUGUCAUCUUCGCCAUUCUCAUCAACGGCUCCGUAUUCUCCGGUUACAUGGUCAAGAGCAGCACACAGUCCAUCAUAUCCUUUGCGCUUGGUGGAAGCCUGGCCGACGAGGUCCUCAGUUCCGUGCGGACUGCCGUUGCGUUUGGGUCUCAGGAGAGGCUGUCCAACCAGUACGACCAGCACCUGAAAAAGGCCGAAUACUAUGGCUUCAGACUCAAGGCCGCCGUUGGAAUUAUGCUCGGUGGCAUCAUGUUUCUGCUCUACAUGAGCUAUGCACUGGCGUUCUGGCAAGGCAGUGCCUUCCUCCUGCGCGGCGAGAUUUCUCUCAACCACGUCCUCAUUGUCAUGAUGACUGUCAUUAUGGGAGCUUUCAACAUGGGCAGUAUCGCGCCCAACUUCCAGGCCUUUACCGCGGCUGUGAGCGCUGCAUCCAAGCUCUUCGAUACAAUUGACCGCGUUUCUCCGAUCAACCCAACAAGUGAAGAAGGCGGCACCAUCGAAAACGUUGAGGGGAACAUUCGGUUAGAAAAUGUCAAACACAUCUACCCGUCACGCCCCGGCGCCGUUGUCAUGCACGAUGUUACUCUUGACAUACCCGCCGGAAAGACAACCGCAUUGGUUGGAGCGUCUGGAUCCGGCAAGAGCACUAUCGUCGGUCUUAUUGAGCGGUUCUACAACCCCGUUGCUGGUACGGUGUAUCUUGACGGACACGACAUCUCCAAGCUGAAUCUUCGCUGGCUUCGCCGUCAGAUCUCUCUGGUGAGCCAAGAGCCUGCGCUGUUUGGCACAUCGAUUUUCGAAAACAUUCGUUACGGCCUCGUCGGAACCGAAUUUGACAAGGAAAGCGAAGCGAAGCAGCGUGAACUGGUCAUUGCAGCCGCGAAGAAGUCCAACGCCCAUGAUUUCAUCUCUGCUCUGUCGGAGGGCUAUGAAACCAACGUUGGCGACCGAGGUUUCCUUCUCUCCGGCGGACAGAAGCAACGCAUUGCUAUUGCUCGCGCCAUUGUUAGCGACCCGAAAAUUCUCCUGCUCGAUGAGGCAACAUCGGCCUUGGAUACAAAAUCCGAGGCCAUCGUGCAGUCCGCGCUAGAGGCUGCUUCUGCUGGCCGGACUACCAUCGCCAUUGCUCACAGGCUGUCAACCAUCAAGGACGCUCAUAACAUUGUUGUCAUGGCGGAAGGCCGAAUUGUAGAGCAAGGAACUCACGACGAGCUGGUAGAGAAAGGGGGCGCUUAUUAUAAGCUGGUAUCAGCACAGGACAUCGCUGCCACCCGGGAUCUCUCGCGUGAGGAGCAGGAGGCCAUCGACGAGCAUCAGGAGGCUCUGGUCAAGAGGCAGUCGAAAAUUGAGGAUAGUGAGAUCUUCAGUGCUGAAGAUGGUAGUGAGAAUAACCUCAACCGAUCGCCGACGCAGAAGUCGGCCUCUAGCAUUGCGCUGCGGGCUCGCACAGCGGAAAAGGAGGCCAAGUACAGCAUGUGGGCUCUGAUUGUCUUUAUUGCCAAGUUCAACCGCAACGAGUGGAAGCGCAUGUUAUCCGGUCUCGUCUUUUCUAUCCUCUGCGGUGGUGCCAAUCCCAUCUCUGCUGUUUUCUUUGCCAAGGAGAUCAUCACUCUGACCGGUGCCCUCCUCCCCAAUGCCGAUAUCGAACAUAUCCGACACAACGCCUACUUCUGGGCUCUCAUGUUCAUCGUUCUGGCUGGUGGCACGCUCAUCACCUACUCUGGUCAAGGUAUCGCACUUGCGUCAUGCUCUGAGCACUUGAUCCAUCGCAUCAGGGACCAAACUUUCAGGACGCUUCUCCGCCAGGACAUCUCCUUUUACGACAGGAAAGAGAACUCGGCAGGCAUGUUGACGGCAUUCUUGUCAACCGAAGCCAAUAACAUCGGAGGCCUCAGUGGCUCCGCUCUCGGGACCAUUCUGUUGACAUUGUCGACCCUCUUCACUUCGAUGAUCAUGGGCUUGGCUAUUGGAUGGAAACUGUCACUUGUUUGUACGGCAACAAUCCCCGUAUUGUUGGCCUGUGGCUUCUUCCGGUUCUACCUGCUCCUUCGGUUCCAGAACAGGGCAAAGGAGGCGUAUGCGGCUUCUGCUGCGUAUGCCUCGGAGGCCAUCUCAGCCAUCCGCACCGUUGCAUCACUUACGCGAGAGCAAGACAUUAUGCGCAUCUAUCGCGAAGACAUUGCAACGCAACGGCGCAAGGGCUUGAAGUCUGUUCUUUCAUCGAGCGCGGUCUACGGCGCAGCCCAGGGUGCCACAUUCCUCUGUUUUGGCCUCGGGUUCUGGUACGGCGGCACCUUGCUCGCCACCAGGGAGUACGAUUUAUUCACUUUCUUCGUCUGCUUCAUGGGCAUCAUCUACAGUGCGCAAUCAGCAGGAGGCAUAUUUUCGCUUGCGCCUGACAUGGGCAAGGCUCACGCGUCGGCCCUGGCACUGAAGAAGCUCUUUGACCGGACGCCAAAGAUUGACGCGUGGUCCCAAGACGGCCAGUUCCUCGACAGCAGUGAUAUCCAAGGCACCGUCGAGUUCCGAGACGUCCAUUUCCGCUAUCCUACGCGGCCGGAUCAGCCUGUCCUCAGGGGCCUCUCUCUGACGGUUAAGCCCGGCCAGUAUGUCGCCCUUGUUGGCGCCUCUGGAUGUGGCAAGAGCACGACUGUCUCGCUGCUGGAGCGCUUCUAUGACCCCUUGUCCGGCGGCGUCUUUGUCGAUGGGCAGGACAUCAGCACCCUGAACGUCAGCAACUACCGGUCUUUUGUCUCGUUGGUGAGCCAAGAGCCGACGUUGUACUCGGGCACGAUUCGGGAGAACAUCCUCCUCGGCACAACCAAGGAGGACGUCUCGGACGAACAACUGGAGUACGCCUGCCGCGAGGCCAACAUUUACGACUUCAUCGUCUCCCUCCCUGACGGGUUCAACACCUUUGUCGGCAGCAAGGGCGGCCUGCUCUCCGGCGGCCAGAAGCAACGCGUAGCCAUUGCCCGCGCCCUCAUCCGCAACCCCAAGAUCCUGCUCCUGGACGAAGCCACGUCCGCCCUCGACUCCGAAUCCGAAUCCGUCGUCCAGGAGGCUCUGGACAAGGCUGCCGCGGGACGCACGACGAUUGCGGUCGCGCAUCGUCUCAGCACGAUCCAGAGGGCGGAUGUCAUUUACGUGAUUGAUCAGGGCCGUGUCGCCGAGUCCGGGAGCCACCAGGAGCUGAUGAGGAAGAAUGGGCGCUAUGCCGAGCUGGUCAACCUGCAAAGCUUGGCGACGAGCUCGUGA